GGCCGGCCCUCGAGGAGUGCGCACGCGCCGACCUGCUCUCGUCGCCACUCCGAGAAUGGCCGCGCGCAGCUCUUUCUCCCGCCUGGGGGGCUUCGUGGCCGGGGCGCUGCUGGGGGCCGCGGGGGCCGGGAUCGCCGCCAUCCCGCUGCUCCGGAGCCCGGGCCUCGGGGAGGAGGCGGACGAGGGGGAGCCGGGAGGUUCUAGAGAAAAGGCUGUCAUGGAACAAUUUGGAUUUCCUUUAACUGGAACGGAGACUAGAUGCUACACGAAUCAUGCAUUGUCUUACGAUCAGUCAAAGCGGGUCCCAAGAUGGGUUCUUGAACAUAUCUCUAAGAACAAGAUACUAGGUAAUGCAAACAGAAAACGUUGUAAAUUCAAGCCUGAUCCUAACAUCUCUCCGACCUUCAGCGCCGUCAACGAGGACUACAUGGGAAGUGGGUGGUCUCGAGGACAUAUGGCCCCAGCUGGAAAUAACAAGUUCUCAUCUAAAGCCAUGGCUGAAACGUUUUACCUUUCUAAUAUUGUGCCUCAGGAUUUUGAGAACAACGCUGGCUAUUGGAACAGAAUAGAAAUGUACUGCCGAGAGCUAACAGAGAGGUUUGAAGACGUUUGGAUAGUAUCUGGACCAUUAACUUUACCAAAGACUGGUAAUGAUGGCAAGAAAACAGUCAGCUAUCAGGUGAUUGGCCAGGAUAAUGUGGCUGUCCCUUCGCAUCUCUACAAGGUGAUCUUGGCUCGCAGAAGCCCCCUGUCUGCAGAACCACUGGCACUGGGGGCCUUUGUGGUCCCCAAUGAAGCUAUUGGUUUCCAGCCCCAGUUAAGUGAAUUCCAAGUGAGCCUCGAGGAUCUGGAAAAGUUGUCUGGGCUGGUGUUUUUUCCUCGUUUGGAUAGAACUCAGGACGUCAAGAAUCUCUGCUCUGUGGACACCUGCAAGCUCCUUGAUUUCCAGGAGUUCACUCUUUACCUGAGUACAAGAAAGAUCGGGGGAGCUCGGACAGUACGCAAACUGGAAACCAUCAGGGAGAACCUGAAGAAUGCGGGCAUCGAGCCCGAUGAGUACUUCCUGAAGCGCUAUGAGAAGAAGCUGGAAGAGCUCAAAGCUAAGGAGCAGCCAGAACUCGAUCCAAAACAAACUUAGUUCUCAUCAUGUAGUUUUCAGCUGUGUGGCAUCACCCACAGGAAAGGCCAUCCCUGUGUAGGCUGGCGUCUUUUAGUGAUGUCCUCUUUAGAGAGAUGACAGACUCCAAAGAGGAGAAGUCUGUUGGGUGUGGGAGCUAAGAACUUAUGGACACUGUAAUCUCUGUUGGUCUGUGUCGUUAGCUGGGGGACACAUCCAUGGAAUGAUACUCUGUCUUUUUGGAUCCACAGUGUGACAAAACAUUGUCUUUUUGUGCGUCCAGAUUGUAGCAUUUGUAAUUUUUUGAGCUUUCUUAGAAUCCAGCACCUAGGAUUUUUUUUUUCCCUGGACCUGAGCUAGCCUCAGAAAUGGCUUUUAGAGACUCUACCUGCUUUUUCCUGCCCACAAAAUUAUGUAUCGGUGCUGUUCCUCCUCUCCCGGACUCGUUGUUCCUCCACUUCUGUCGAGUAGAAACACUCAGCAGCCACAUUUCCUGCUCCCUUAGUGCUGUGUCUGUGAACUGAGAUCCGAGCUCCUCUGAUCUUACAGCAACUCUAGGAGGUCAGUUCUAAGCACCUCAAUUUACCCGUGAGAGAGUCGAGGCAAGGGGACCUAGACGUCUGACCCGGGCUCAUUUUCCCAAAGCAGUGACAGCUGAGCUAAGAGACACACAGCUAAGAGCAGUGAGAAUGCAUGCAGCAGGUCCACAGUUCCCUGGUCACAGAAGCUUUCGAUUCCACGUGAAGUUCAGGAUUGUGUUUGGUGGAUGGUGAGGCUGCUUGGUCAGAGGCACUCUUUAUUUCAUUGGCUGUGCUGGGGUCAAGUCAAGUGUGAUGCACACAAAGGACAAAUGGCACGUGCUCUACUGCUGAGCCGAAGCCAUGGCCCACACGCGAAGGCAUUGAGUCUUGGCCUGUCUUGGCCUCUCCUUAGUUCUCCAGGAAGAAUCAAUCACGGAGGUUAGAGAGCUGAUUGGUAGGGUUUAUGAGAACCCCUGCUAGCCUUUGCGGUGUGUUUUUUUAGAGAUAUGAAUUAAUCGUUAAGGACCCUGAGAAGGACCUAUGUCCAGAUCCGGCAGCAUAGAUUCUGCUUGUUUGUGCCUACUUAUAUACUUGAAUGGCAGCAGGCCAGCUGUGCUUUGGGCCACACACUCAGAGAGAUUGAUCUCGGUGGGGGAACCAUGGCGCCUGCUGUGGAGCCCGGUCUGGACCACUAGAUUUGGGUUCACAUGAAAUCUUUUCAUGGCCUUCCUAAGCGGAGGCAGAAAAAUGGCUGAAAAUAGCCCAGAGGAACCUUGUGAGAAUGCGGCACUAUCGUCUUCCCCAGUGGUGUUGUGGGAAGCCUUCAGCGUUUCUGUGUUUGUUUCUGGCAGAAAUGCCGAGGCUGUAAUAAAAGGUAAAGCUGA